AUGGCCGACGGCGAAGUUGUCCCGCAUAGUCUCUAUGUGUAUGCACCCAACAAGGGAGCGCCCAUAUUCUUCACUAUCCUCUUUGCGAUCUCGGCAGUCGGCCAUCUUUGGCAAUGCUGCCGCUAUAAUUCUUGGACAAUCAUAGGGUUGCACCCACUCUGCGCUCUUAUAUUCACCACCGGAUAUGCCCUGCGCGAAUACGGCGCAUACAACUACAUAUACACCACAGACACCCCUCAGCAAACCAUGACAAUCUACAUCAUGAGUCAGGUCUUCAUCAACAUAUGCCCUCCUCUUCUCGAACUCGCAAACUACCACAUCCUCGGACGGAUCUUCUACUACGUCCCCCAUCUCGCUCCAAUAGCCCCGAACAAAGUCCUCGGCAUCUUCGGCGCACUCAUGGGUAUUGUCGAAGCAAUCAACGCCUUAGGUGUGGCAUUCACAUCGAACCCAAAAGGAGACAAACAGAAUCUCGGAAGCACCCUCAUCCUCGUCGCGAUUAGUAUCCAGCUCUGCGUGAUAACGAUAUUCAUCUGCGUCGGCGGCCUCUUUCACAGACGAUGCGUAACAGCCAGAGCCGCAGUGGAGAAGAGGAAAAUCCCCAUGCUCAUGAUAACGCUCUAUACCAGCAUGGCCCUCAUCUUAAUCCGAUGUAUCUACCGGAUCGUCGAACAUACCGGGAAUACAGCGCUCGAUACGGACGAUGCGGAGAAAAUGGAACAGCUUAGCCCACUGCUGAGGCACGAGUGGUUCUUCUAUGUCUUCGAUGCGGCGGUCAUGUUGGCGAACUCUCUGCUUUGGAAUGUUUUGAAUCCCGGUCGGUAUUUGCCAAGGGAUCGGACUGUUUGUUUAGCUGAAGAUGGAGUGAGCGAGACAGAAGGUGGGAAUAAAGCUGGGUAUCAGCCGACUGCUGCUGAGCUGGGGAGGGCAGCUAUGCAGUUGUUGACGUUUGGGGUUUGGGGACAGUUCUUUCCACUGCAUGAGAAGGAUGUUCAGUCUGUUUCUUCUUGA